CCCUCCACCGGCCGGCGGUUCUUCGGAGGCAACAAGUUUGUCUGGACAGUAGCUGCGGUGCUGUGCGAGGGUGACCUGUGCCGCAUACCGCACAGAACGCCACAAGCCCCUAAUGGCCACGUCUGCCGGGGACGAUGCGGCGGGCGGCUCCAUGGCGAAGAAUGUGGAAGCAUGUUUGACGAGAGCGAGCUGACCCGCAUUUGCAGUGCGUGCGUAGCCAACACUGGCAAGCGCACAGGGAGAGCAGCAGAGGGUGCUGGGAAGGGGCAAUCUAAACGCCCGAAAGCACAAGGGGGGAGUAAGAACGAAGCUAGUAAGCGGCUGGACGUACACCAGAAGGUCGAGAUCCUCAAGCGUGUGAGCUUCACGCUGCUUUGGUUGGGGUACAAUGGAAGAAGGGCAGCCUGUAAGGCCCAUUGACGUAGUAAGUUACUCCGGAGAUACGUGUAUCUCACGUUGUUGGGUGAGAUAUGAGCGUAAGCAAGAAAAUAUAUUGUCG